AUGCAGGAGCACUUUGAGUCGUGCUGUCCAGGAUUAUAUUAUGUUGAUGGUACUCUGUUACAGUCGACGAGCUUGGUAGCGCAAAGCGUAACCUGUGGCGAGGCAGUGGUCAUGUGUAGCUCUUCUGCUGCGGCUGAAGUUCUUAGACUACGCACCAGAUGUUCGAGAUCAGCAAGGCGACUGGGCCGCCGUCAAAAGACUACAAAACUGUUCGCUACUGGUCAGUUUGAAAAAGGCGCGUUUGGCUCCACCAUGAAGUGCGUUUAG